CACUAAUAUGUUCUGUCAGAUGUGAUGAGAAGUCGGAAAUAAAAACAUUGAAAAAAUAAUACCCAGGUUUUUAAAAUUUACUAAUAAAUUAUUAAAAGGUUCUCACCACUAUACAUAUUGACGGUAAAUAAAACAUUACUAAAUUUAUUUUUGUUAAAAUUGAAUUUUUAUUAAAAGAACACAUAUAAGAUACUUGCAACCCCACUAAGUAUUUGGGCACAUAUGCUAUAAAAAUUGGCAAAUACAAGAAUUUCUCCACUACUAAGUAAACUUUAAAGACAUGAAAAUGACCACCACAGGAGGAAGUAUUAGGGAAAUAUGUAAUUAUGUUACUGUUGCUCGAGAAAGAAGUGUAUUGGGUGAUUACGAGAAUGCUAUAGUGUAUUACCAGUCUUCACUCCAACUAAUUUCUAAAUUUAUGUCUCAAAUAUCAGACCCUUUAAGAAAAGAUGAGUGGCAACAGAUGCAGCUAAUGGUAAACAAAGAAUAUCAAGAACUUAAAGAUUUAAAGAACGUUCUAGAAGCUUUCACAAUAGAGCUUUCUGGUGACUUACCCAUUGGUGUUAGACGAAGGGAAAUAAACCUUGAUCCAACUUUAGAAAUAAUUUCUCCUAGGGAUCCUGAUGUGUGGCCGGCCCCAACAUCUGUUGAUCACGGAAAUCUGAACAGAACUAAACCCAAACCAAUAAAUCCAAGAAGAUCAGAUAUUAAAAAAGGACAGAUAAAUUCAUCUAGAGCUUCAACUGCAUCUAGACGAUCAGAGAUUAACAACAGAGCUAUGAGCAAGGCAACCAAAAAAGAUGACAGGCCAUCUAGUUCAAAGUCUGAAAGAGUUGCAGAUUCAACAUUAGAUCCUGAUAAUAAGGAAAUAAAAGAAGAAGCAGAGGAGAAAAAGUUUGAAUGUAAUGGAAUGGAAAGGGAAUUAGCAGAUGUCCUGGAGAGGGAUAUAGUCCAGAAAAAUCCAAAUAUUCGGUGGGAUGACAUAGCUGAUUUACAUGAGGCUAAAAGAUUAUUGGAGGAAGCUGUGGUGUUGCCAAUGUUGAUGCCUGAAUUUUUUACAGGUAUAAGGAGACCCUGGAAAGGAGUUUUAAUGGUGGGUCCUCCUGGCACUGGAAAAACCAUGUUGGCUAAAGCAGUGGCUACAGAGUGUGGAACAACAUUUUUUAAUGUUUCAUCUUCUACCCUUACUUCCAAAUAUAGAGGGGAAUCUGAGAAAAUGGUUAGGCUAUUGUUUGAAAUGGCUAGGUUUUAUGCACCCAGUACAAUAUUUAUUGAUGAGAUUGACUCUCUAUGCUCAAGAAGGGGCUCAGAAUCCGAACAUGAAGCCUCCAGAAGAGUAAAGUCUGAACUUCUAGUCCAAAUGGAUGGCAUAACUGCUAAUAAUGCUGAACCUGGAAAGAUUGUAAUGGUGUUGGCUGCCACAAAUUUUCCUUGGGAUAUUGACGAAGCUUUAAGAAGAAGAUUGGAAAAAAGAAUAUACAUUCCUUUGCCUACUUUACAAGGGAGAGAGGCUUUGUUAAAAAUAAACCUUAGGGAAGUGAAGCUUGACCCUGACGUGAACUUAACAAAAAUAGCAAGAAAACUAGAUGGUUAUUCAGGAGCUGAUGUUACAAAUGUAUGUAGAGAUGCCUCAAUGAUGUCAAUGAGGAGGAAAAUAUCCGGAUUAAGACCAGAUCAAAUUCGACAGCUACCAAAAGAGGAGUUAGACCUGCCGGUAACGAGUACAGAUUUUGAAGAAGCUAUUAAUAAAAAUAAUAAGAGUGUUUCUAAAGAGGAUCUGGAUAAAUAUUGCAAAUGGAUGAAUGAGUUUGGAUCAUCCUGAUAGUAUUGUUGAAUAAAGGUUGAGAUAUUUGUUAACAGCAUUUUUCAUUUUGUUAACCACUUACUAUGUACAGCAGUAAGUAAAUAUUAUAUAUAUAAUGUUGACUUGGUAUUUUUUUAUAUGGCAAAUUGAAAAGCAAGAUAAGUAUUAUGCUUCAAUUAGCUGUUGAUCUAAAAUAUGUUUAUUUCUGAUGGAGCAUUUCUCUCCAAAUGUUUAUAAUUCUUCUAGAACAAUCAAUAUUUAUGUUAUAAGGAUAACUUGGUUUUUGUUAAUUGGUUUUUUUUUUAAUAUAACCUUAUUUAGCUUUUGCAAUAUUUGACAAAACGGUUUAUGUAUGGUCUUUAUUAUUUUACAAGACGUUCAAAAGCUUUUUGCAUGUACUUAAACUAAUAAUAAAGAUAUUUUGUUUUGACAGCUUCCUAAAGGUUCAGACAAAUCGUUUCCCUAGAUUGCAGAUGUGUUAAAUUGCUACGCAAAAGGAGUAGCAAUUCAAUAUAAUUGAAAUCCAAAAACUAUUUGUCUUAAAUAGUUAGGGUAUUAGAUUUGCCCGCGCCUACUAAUUUUACACCUAAUGCUGUGUUGUUUUUGAUUUUUGUAAGAUUAUUGCUUUUUAAUUUAUACUAUAUUUUUAUGUAUGUACAUUUAGAAAAUUAACUUAUUGAAGUUUCUGUAAUUUAAUAUAUACAUUUGUUCAAGAAACAAAAAAUUAAAGGAUUGUGUCAGAACACCUUUA